AUGUCACAAAGCGCCGGCUCAGACGGUGCGCCUCCGGGCCAGAUCAACCUCGCCUCCCUUUCCGUCCCGCAGCUGCGCGCACUGCAAACCCGUCUCACCUCCGAAUUGGAACACCUGACGACCUCACACACGAAGCUCCGCGCAGCCCAGGCCAAGUUCCGCGACUGUGUGCGCUCGAUCACCGAUGGUGUGACUGGUAAUGAGAAGAAGGGGACCGAUGGUCGUGAUGAGAUCCUGGUCCCCCUGACCAGCUCGCUAUACGUGAAGGGACGCCUGACGGACCGGGAGAAGGUGCUUGUGGACGUCGGAACUGGUUUCUACGUUGAGAAGACUCCCUCCAAGGCGAUCGCAUUCUAUGAUGAGAAGGUCAAGGGCCUGGAGGAGAACUUGCAGGAAUUGGAGAAGAUUGUACAAACCAAGAGCACACAAUUGCGCGUCGUGGAAGAAACAUUGAGACAGAAGAUGCUUGCCGGAGAGGGUGCCCCUCCUCAGGCGGCGGCUGCUGCAGGCUAA